AUGUCAUAUUCGAAUGUGUGGAAUCCCAACCAGGAUUUGGAGGCUCAAAAUCAGAACACUGCCGGUACAGAAUUGUUGUUUGAUGACGAUGAUAUCCCAGUUGAAGACGAUUUCAUUGUAAACGACGAUGAUGAGCCAACGACACAACAGACAUCAUCACAACAUCCCCGAAUUCCUGAACCUCCUCAAUCUGCCAAUGCUGGGGGUGAAAGGUUGGAACAGCGACGGUUUAUGGGCGGUGAUACUUUAGACGAACCAAUUACUGCUACACUACUGAGAGAUGUAAAGGCAGUUGGUACCAGACUCAGACAGAUUGUGUGGUGGUAUGCAGAGGAGCGCAACACAACUCAUCAAGAAUGGGACCUCUGGGGCCCAUUGGUAUUCUGUCUUUUGAUAUCAACGUCUAUGAGUAUGAUGGCUCCUAAUAAUCAAUCAUCAUUGGUAUUUUCUGGAAUGUUUGCAUUAAUAUGGCUGGGACAGGUCAUUGUUACCUUGAAUAUUAAACUUCUUGGUGGCACUAUUUCAUUUUUUCACGCCUUGUGCGUUUCUGGGUAUUCACUGUUUCCCCUGGUGAUUGCAGCAGUUUUGGGAUCAUUUGUGGGGUCACGCCUGAUUCGCUUGAUUGUGGAUGUUUUCCUUAUUGCCUGGGCUAUAUAUGCCGCUACGAACGGCCUUAAGCACUCGGGAGUUCUUUCUGAGCGAGUAUUCCUUGCCACCUUCCCAGUGGGCUUGUUUUACUGCGGUCUUGGCUGGCUUUGUGUAAUCAACUGA